AUGCUGUUUGGUUUGCUAAAUGCUGGGGCUACAUAUCAAAGGCUGGUCAACAAAAUGUUCAAGGACCAGAUUGAGAAAACAAUGGAAGUGUAUGUGGAUGACAUGCUAGUCAAAUCAAAGGAAGCCUAUGAUCAUGUGACACACCUAUCAGAAAUGUUCGACAUACAAAGGGAUUACAGGAUGAAGUUGAAUCCCCAAAAGUGCGUAUUCGGGGUUGAAUCUGACAAGUUCCGGGGCUUCAUUGUCAAUCACAGGGGAAUCGAAGCUAACCCUACGAAGAUCAAGGCCUUAAUUGAAAUGAGAGAAUUCUUUGCAGCCAUAAAAAAGGAGCAAAAGUUUGAAUGGACAACAGAAUGCGAGGCUGUCUUCCUGAAGCUGAAGGAGCAACUUGGAAGCCCGCCACUGUUAGCAAAACCAACGGAGGGUGAAGCCUUAAUCCUUUACCUAGGGGUUUCCGAGUUCUCAAUUAGCGCGGUCCUGAUCAAGGAGGAAGAGCAAGCCCAGCAGCCAGUAUACUACGUGAGCAAUAGACUACUUGAUGCUGAAACCCGUUAUUCGAAUAUGGAGAAGUUGGCCUAUGCACUAAUUUUGGCUUCUCGUAAACUAAGGCCCUACUUCCAGGCUCACAAGAUUGAAAUGCGAACAUCCUUCCCUCUCAGACAAGUUUUACACAAGCUGGAAGCCUCUGGCAGAAUUAUGAAAUGGGCGGUUGAGCUCGGCCAAUUUGAUAUAGAGUACAAGCCAAGAACCGCCAUCAAGGGGCAGGCGCUAGCUGACUUCAUCUUGGAAUUUCCACCCACUUUUGAAGUCGAAGGGAUGGAAUGCAUAACUGAACCUCAGUCCCCAAUAGCCAUACCCGAGAAUUGUUCCCCUUGGUGGAACUUGUACGUCGAUGAGGCUGUCAAUGGAAAUGGGGCCGGGGCUGGCAUUGUCUUAGUUAGUCCAGAAGGCCAUAAGCUGCAAAGCUCCAUUCACUUCGACUUUAAAGCCACCAACAAUGACGCGGAGUAUGAAGCCCUAAUAGCGGGGCUGAAGCUAGCCUUGGAGAUGAGGGUGGAAAAUAUGAAUGUUUACAGUGAUUUUAUGAUGGUAGUCUGGCACAUCCGAGGAGGCUUUCAAGCUAGGGGUCCCCGUACUGAUCUCUAUAUGCGGUACGCCCAGGAAUUAAUUGGGAAGUUCAGGGAAAUCAAGCUAGAGCAAAUACCAAGAUCUGAAAAUGCAGAUGCAGACGCCCUGGCCAAGUUAGGCUCUCAGAGGGAUGCCCACAUGCUUGGGGUAAUCCCUCUCGAAAUCCGAUAUCAGCCUAGCAUCCCCAAAAUUGAAGUCCUGGAUGUUGAGGUCGAUGAGUCUAACCUUUGGACAACCCCAAUCCAGGAAUACAUAGCCAACGGAACCCUGCCUGCAGACAAGGACGAGGCCAGAAAAUUAAGAUACAGGGCAGCCCAAUAUGAUGCUCAUGCCUUCGCCAAGGCCUGUGACAGCUGCCAAAGGUUCUCUAAUACAAAUAAGAACCCAGCGGUACCCCUGAAGACCCUGACAAGCCCCUGGCCUUUUGCUGUUUGGGGCAUAGAUCUGAUUGGUGAAUUACCCAAAGGGAAAGGAGGAAUGAAAUAUGCAGUCGUGGCUGUAGACUACUUUACUAAAUGGGCUGAGGCUGAACCCCUGGCUUCCAUCACUGCAAGGAAACUGGUAGAAUUCGUUUAUCGUGCAAUCGUCUGCCGAUACGGGGUUCCCUACAAACUCAUAUCAGACAAUGGGAAGCAGUUUGACAGCAAUGAAAUGAUGAAUUUCUGCGAACACCUUGGCAUAAAGAAAGGCUUUUCCGCGGUGUGCCACCCUUAG